AUGUCGGAGGCGACAGGACGGGCGCUCUCCAUGGGCCUGCUCUUCUGGCGAGGGCCCCUCGUCGCAGCGGAUCCCAACAUGACGUGCGCGGUCAGCUGGGGCAGGCGGACGCUGGCCCGGUCGCGACCCCCACUGUCGCGCCUAGCGGCGCUGGCGACCGCGGGGGCCACGAUCAGCCUGGGGCUCCCGCGGAUAGCCAUCAUGGUGGCGGUCUCUCGUGCUCGGGCAGCUGCACGAGGGCCCGGCGCGCUCUUCUCUGCCGACCUCGCGCGCCCUCGGACUGGCUCUGGCUCCGCCGCGUGCCGCGCGCACGGCGACGACGCCGACAUAGCCCGUGGGGGACCGGACGCGACCGAGGACGGUGGGUGCGUCAUCGUCUGCCGCGGCUGGGGUGCGGACGGCCCCGGGAUCGCGCAGGCGUUCACCCACGUGACGACGCGGCACGAGUGCCGGAUCCUCGACAUAGCGCAGUUCUUGCUGGAGGGGUCCCUCAUGUUCACCUUCGUGCUCAGUGUCAGGGGAUCGGCCAAGCUGAUGCAGGAGCUGGCGGAGUGUGCCAAGGAGAGGGGCUUCCAGCUCGACUUCCAUUUCCCGACGAGCGCCAGCCUGGACAGCCCAGCGUCCAGGGGCGAUAACCAGGUGGUGAUCAGCGUAGUGUCUACCGAGACCAUCACACCCGCGCUGCUCUACGACCUCGACGGCGUGCUCUGCGACCACGGCUGCGUGGUGCACGAGAUCGAGCACCGCAGCGACAACAAGCGGGAGAACAACGGCGAGUACAACAAGGUCUCAAUGCGCGUGGGCUGCCCGACGGGCCUCAAGCCGGCCACCGUGAUGAUGGACUCCCCAGACCCCGCAGGAGCCCUCAAGCCAGGGCUGCAGAGGGUCGCGUGGGGCCACAGGGCGGAGGUGACCAUCCGCUGGUGGGACGCCAUGAACCGGCCGACCGGCAAGUCCCUCGUUGUCUUCGGGCUGUCGCACGUGCUCUGCCCCUACGACGUGUUGGACGAGUUGCUGAGAGCGGCUGGCAUCGACGUGGAGAAGGCCUCCUCCAUCACCUCCCGGAUGCCUGUUGAGUCUGCCAACCAGAAGAAGGUUUCCAUGCUGAAGGGCAAGCCCGUGGAGGUGUUGGAGGCCGUCGGCAAGAAGCUGAAGUUCACUCCAGGCACGAAGCUCGUGUGCGCCGCCCUUAAGCGUAUGGGCUUCACCCUCGCGAUCCUCACGAACACGGGCUGCCGGGAGGUGGCCGACGCGGUCAGGAUGCACCUGGACAUCGAUUACGUGAUUUGCCGUGACCUGGAGGAAGUGGACGGAGUGCUCACGGGGUCGUACUCUGGAGAGCUGACAGACAUCAGCUUUCGGAAGUCCGACCUGCUCAAGCUGAUGGCGGAGCGCGAGCAGAUCGAGUUCCGCAACGUUAUCGCGGUGGGCGAGCCGCUCAAGGGCCUCAAGAGGGCCGAGGCGAGGGUUAUGAUGGAGACCUUCGGGCCGAUGGUGUACUUCAGCACUCACAAGCUGAAGGACCUGACCAUCGUGCUCUACCUGCUGGGCUUCCACGGCACCGACGUCCGCGCCCUGAGGAAGAGGAGAUGGGAGGAGGGCCCUGGGGAGUCCGCGCCCCUGCCACCGGCGACCAAGCGGUUCCUGGUCAUGGUCACGGCCCGCUCGCGGGAGCCCGGCCAGGUGCGCAAGAUCCUGGCCCCGCUGCGGCCGGCGGGGGCGCGCGUGGAGGUGCAGACGGUGAAGCACUGCAGCUUGCAGGACGGGGGCAUGUGCGUCGGACUGCAGCUGCAGGUGCAGAGGGAGGAGCCCGACCAGGUGAUGAAGGACUUGGUCUUUGCCUGCCACAGGGCGGGCUUCAAGAUCGAGGAGGUUGAUGCCCAGGCGAGGCUGGCCGCGGCGAGCCACCGCCCGUGGCAGCAGCGGACGCAGGAGGCGUGUUGGCAGCAUUAUCCCGGCCUUCCAGAACAGGUACGUGGUCACGCUGGUGCAGAGGCCUAA